AUGAAACGUAAGGGAGAUGAUACGUUGGAGCAAAUUGAUCGGAAACGUGAAAAACGGCGAUUAAUAUGUAUGCAAAUCGAUGAUUACAUUGAGGAGAUCAAGUUAUCCAAUGUAGAAAGGUGUAAACUGGAAACGUUAGCUGAGUCCGUCAAGAGUGCUAUUUAUGCAGCCAAGGAAGCGAAAGUUGCUCAUCAGGUAAACGAUUUGCAAAAACUGCAUUUAGGCAAUAUUCGUUUUCCACUCUUGUUACCAUUUGAUCUACAAUUAAGUAAUAUCAAAUCUUCGUGUGGCUGUCGUUGGGUCCAUCCGGUUAAAAUUAACAUUUUGGGCAGUUGGCGUCUCGGUUAUCAGACCAAAUUAGAACCAGUUUUGGAUCUCAUCAUUAUAAUACCUCAGGAUUAUUUUGGGUCGCGCGAUUACCUUAAUUUUACAUAUUUUGUCAAACGUGCUCACUAUAUUUGUCGAGUAGCACGAAUUUUAAUAAAAGCAGGGAUGUCGGUGAAAUUUGGAUUGGAUCACUUCGAUACAUUGAAACCGUUAUUGUUUGUCUUAAACGAAGACGGACUUGAAAGCAGUGGAUACUUGCGGAUUCACUUUGUACCGCCGCGGGAAUUCACGAAGAUUUCUCGAUUUCGUCCAGAAAACAAUAACUUGAGACCUUCUUUCUGUUCCGCCCAUUUCGGAUCUCUCGGUAUCGAUACCCCUACAUCGGUGUAUAAUUCAAAAAUAUUAAUUGAUAUGCUACGCGAAGAAAUUGAAUCCAGGUAUGAAAAAUUUUUCUGCCAAAAACCGAACUUUUUGAAAUCUUUUAUCAUGAUACGAUCGUGGAUGCUUCAAAGAGGUUUCAUCCAGAGAGUUGAUGGCUUUUCGGAUUUGCUAUUAGCAGCUUGGUUUAUAUACAUUAACAUUCAAGAAGCUUCUUUUAUUCAAGCAUCUGUUUUCGACAUUAUCGUAGGAUUCUUUUCCUCUAUAAUAUCGACAAAUUGGAAAGAAUCUCGUUUGGGUUUAUGUGAUAAUGAUGCGUUAUAUUCACAGUUCUCAUCAUACUUCGAUUUUGUGUUCCUCGAUCAUACAGGAUAUCUCAAUUUGGCCGCAUCUUUGAGCAUUACUGCUAUGGAGCAGAUUCGUGUUGCUGCAACUGAUGCUAUAACCAAGAUUAAUACCUUCAGUGAAUUUGAUCAUCUUUUUGUGAAAAGUCAUCCUUUUAUUAAAGCUUUUGACCAAUAUAUCAGGAUACGAUUACCUCAGUCAUAUCUACAAAAUACUUUCCAAAAAAUGUGUACUGCAGAGUGCCUAAGCACUUGUAACGACCUAUUGCUUAUAUUCAAACGCAGGCUAAUUCCAUUGCUGAAAGAAGCUUUAUCGGAUAGGGUUGUGAAUUUCGAUUUAUUUACACCAAAUCAACCAGUCGGAUUGUGGGACAUAUAUAUGGAAAGAGAGAAAUGUACUAUGAAUGAGGAGAUCGUGCUGCUAAUUGGGCUUCGACUUUCGACGAAAUGGAAUAAUUUAUUGACACGUGGUCCACCAGCUAAAUCAUCAGAUGCGGUGCAUUUCCGUCAGUUUUGGGGUGAUAUAUGUGAAUUGCGCAAGUUUCCUGAUAAUGCAAUUUGUGAAGCAGUUGUCUGGGGUUCCAAUAAUGUGACUUUGCUCCUUUGCCAACAUAUUCUUCAGAGGCAUUUGAAAUUAGAAGCAUGUAAUGUGGAAGAACGAACGUUAAAUAUGGAAGAGAUUUUGCCCAAUGCAAAGGACAGGUACAGUACAAUUGGAAGAGCUUACGAUAAAUUAUCCCAAAUACUUCGAAUGGUGCAAGAUUUGCCUCUUCUUAUCACAAAUAUCCAUCCUGUAUCCGCUUAUCUAAGACGAACUGCGCCUUUCCCGCCUCUUUCUACUAAUGCAGUAAUCGAAAGAUACAGCUCCUUCGUGAAAGGUUCUAUAGCACUUCCAAUGUCACAUAUCUCACCUCCUUAUUUGCCUACUGUAGAAGUGCAAAUAACGAUGGAGCAAAGUGGAAAAUGGGGUGAUGAACUGGGAGCUAUUGCUCGAUUGAAAACUGCCUUUUACAUCGAACUGUCAAAAAUAUUGAAGGAGAAACAUUCAUUGCAAGCUAUUCCCUUCGACGAUUAUUUAAUUGUUCAUUUUAAUACUGUUGUAUUUCGUUUACUAAUAGCCUAUCCGAGGGAAGUGUAUUUAAUGAGGAAAUUAAACGGUGGCAAUACUGGUAUUAUAAAGGAUAGUCCAGCAUCGAAGUUGAAAGAGCUCGAGGUAAUACUAGAGCCACAACUUACUGCAUUAUUGCACAGAACACCAUUUGUUGGUUUUUUUCACUUUCUUAUAUUGCUUUCUACACAUAAUUGGCUUAUGAAACCGUUACUUGUUGAUUUCGAUGACAAAUGGACGGAGGAAGAUAUUGAUGAAAUGGAAAACGAGUUUAUCAAAAUGAGACCAGUGUUGCCAGUAAUGGUAAUAUGCACGACGGUUGAUAGAAGUGGUUGUCGGUGGACAAGAGAGGAACCACAACCGUUAAUUUUAAAACGAAUAAUUGCGCUUGCUAAAGCUUCAGCAACAUUAAUUGAGCAACAUAUCAGUAAUUCGAUACCGUUAAAUUUAAAGGGAGUGUUCACAACCGAUGUUUCCACUUUCUCCAAUGUUGACAUACAUAUCAGAGGACGACAUAUGGUCAGGAGAAAAGUAGUUCGUGGCAAGUUAAUAAACGGACCAUUACCAGUAAUUGACUAUGAUCCAGUUAGGGAAUAUGUAAAACGUUUACGACAAUGUUUCUAUUCAGUUGCUCUCUUUUUCUACAACAAAUACGUAGGUGAUGUGAUCGGUGUGGUGUGGAAACCAGCUGCAUUAGUACCACGAGAUCCAAGCAUAUCCAGUUGUUUACAUCGGUUAAAAGGACCGAAUAAUAAGUUACUCGUUAAUACAAGGGCCAUAUUGGAUGAUUUCAUGAUGCUUGGUUAUGGUAUUGUUCGAGACGUGAGCCGACAUUGCGUCAUUGAGAACGACGAGAAUACUGCGAAUUAG